CCAAUGUUUGACGCCUAUAAAGCUCACUGCGUGUACCUUUGAAACCUCAUCGUCGAGUUUUCCGAUCUUCGGGCAACUACAAAUUUCAUUGACUUUUGAGAGUUAAAGACGGGCAUUUCUCCUUUAUCGGAUACAUAUUGACAUAUAGUUUAGACAAACUGGUCCUAGACUCCAGACGAUCCAACCCAAUCAGAGUUUCCACAACGGCUCGUGGCUCAGCGUAAUCGGGUCUCAAGCAGUCAUCCAUCUGUGGUUCAGGACAAGCGGUACGUAUGCAUCCAAGGAACGCAUAGAUCCGACAUUAACGAGUUGAAAAUAGAUAUAUACCCCCCAACACCAUCACUUUCUCCUCAGCAGGGUUCUCUAGUUCCAAAGCACGUUACUAGAUCCCUUCACUACAAUGGCGCCAAUUAUUCACCUCGUACGACACGCUCAGGGGUUUCACAAUCUCUGUGUCGAAAACCAGAAAUUACCGGACCCGGACUUGACUCCGCUAGGCAUCACUCAGUGCGAGGAACUCUGCAAGAAGUUCGACGCUCAUGACAAAAUCACCCACCUUGUUGCCUCCCCUAUUCGGCGGACGCUGUGGACUUGCCUACGCUCCUUUGACCCGGUAGUGAAAUCCGGCAUGAAGGUAAUCGCUCUGCCGGAUGCCCAGGAGAUCUCAAACUUUCCCUGUGAUAUUGGCUCAGAGCCCGAGAAGCUGCAGAAGGAGUUUGAUGACUUGGUAGAUUUACACUUGGUUCAGAAAGGUUGGAAUGAUAAGUCGACCGGAAGCAAAUACUAUCCUUCUCCAAUCAACCUCGAAACGAGGUCGCGGGAGGUCAGGAUAUUCCUUAGGGACUUGGCGAACAAAGCUGGGGAAGAUGCGCAGAUUGUUCUCGUUACCCAUGGUGGUAUCCUUCAUUUCCUAUCUCAGGAUUGGGAUGACGUUAAUCUAGAGAGAGGCACUGGCUGGCAGAACACCGAGCAUCGCACAUAUCAAUUCAAGGAUCCGACUGGCCAAGAUCCCGAAGCAUGCCUAAAGGAGACCCAACAAAGUCGGCGACGUCGGCGAGGAAGUGUGAUUAGUCUCACUAUGAUGGAGAAGGUUCAGAUACGACAAGCCUACGAGGCUCUUAUCGAUGAGAUAACUCAAGAAAAUGGAAACAAUAAAGCAAUCAAAUCCGAGGAGGCCGUAAGCGUCUAGCCUUAGGAGAUUUGGAUAGGGGAUGCAAGCAAGGCCUUACCUGAUAAGGUUUAGUUGAGAGCAUGGGAUACAAUCAUUGGCCGUUUAAGACUCGGUAUAUUAACUCUCGCUUAGUGUAGGCAUAGGUAUUUAGUUCAGUGUACUAUUCAUAGAUCACCAG